GAGGAAUAGAUCGGGUAGAUGCACAGUGUCUCUUGCCCAGAAUAGGGGAAUCGAGAUCCAGAGGACAUAGGUUUAAGGUUUAAAAUUUAAUAGGAAUUUGAGAGGCAACUGUUUCACACAAAGGGUGGUGGGUGUAUGGAGCAAGCUGCCAGAGGAGGUAGUUGAGGCAGGUACAAUCGCAACAUUUAUGAAACAUUUAGACAGGUACCUGGAUGGGAUAGGGUUAGAGGGAUAUGAAUGAAUGAAUUAAUAAGUUUAUUGGCCAAGUAUUCACAUACAAGGAAUUUGCCUUGGUGCUCCGCCCGCAAGUGACAAUAUGACAUACAGUGACAGUUAAGAAUGCUACAUAAAACAAACUUAUAUCCUCUGGACCACACAAAUAUAGGUGGGACUAGUGUAGAUAUGGCGUGUUGGCAAGUUGGGCCAAAGGGGCUGUAUCACUCUUUGAUUCUAAGCCUCUCAACCCAGGAAAUAGCCUGGUGAAGUAACAAAGAACUGCAGAUGCUGGUUUACCAAAGACAGACACAAUGUGCUGCAAUUACUCAGCUGGUCAGGCAGCAUCUCUGGAGAAAGACACAAAAAGCUGGAGUAACUCAGCUGGUCAGGCAGCAUCUCUGGAGGGAAGGAAUGGGUGACGUUGCGGGUCGAGACCCUUCUGAAGCAUCUCUGGAGAACAUGGAUUGGGGACAUUUCGGGUGGAGACCCUUCAGAUUGAGCUUGGUGAAUGUCCUUUGAGCUGUCACCAGUGCUACUGCGUCCUCUAGCAGUGUAGGGACCCUUACCCCAGGGAUACCGUUGUGGGAUCAACCCCCUUCGGAUACUCCCAGCCGCUGACUCACUCGCACGGCUUUGAUUUACGGGACGGAUGUGGAGAAACUUAAAGGAAGAGGAAAACGAUGAACCUAAAACGGCAUUAAACUAAAGCUUGCUGCAAAUCACGUGCAGUAAAUUAUAAACGCACCAGAAUGAGGUUAUGCUUGAAAGAGUGGAGACUGAACAACAUACCGACCUCGUUUAUAUGAGUGAGAGGCGGGAUAUAGAAACUGUAGGGCGGGGUCCGGGUCCGAUAUGUGUAAACCGGCCUCAGACACAAACAAUAAAUCGUGUCAAGUUGCGGGAGCCGAGUGCAAGAGGAUGACUGUUCAGCUCGGCGAGGAAUAAUGUUCAUUUCGCCCGGACUCUGCUUGUAACUUCAAUGGGUAAAGAGCUGUCUCUGGCGCACACACACAAUGUGAGUGGAUCCAACGGGCUCGUCAAUAGCCGCAGGCAGCUCCAGCCCUGAUGCCCUGGGCGACAGCAGCGGUCACACAAGAGGCAAGCGAGCGGCUUGUGGAGGCUGGAGGGGGAACAGGCGAGGGGCACUCGCCCAGCCCGCUGAGCCGAUGGCUCGGAAGUUAGGAGCGGCAACCCAUCUCACCCAAUUCCUUUGCUGCCUGGCUCUGGCUUGUUCUGCAAAUAAAGCGGGCAAAGGGAGAACCAGUAACUUGAAGACAGAAACUCCAAUGUACGAGCACAUCACCAAAUAUGAAAUAAUGGAACCACGGUGGCUCUCCUCAGGACCUUCGGAAAACCUUCUGUCUCAUAAUCAGCACCCGACUUGGGCAGAGAUCCGAGUCACAGCUGAAGGAAGAGAAUACGUUUUACAGAUCCAGAAAAAUGAGCAACUAUUGGCACCGGGUUAUGCCGAGACUCAUUAUGGCCGGGAUGGAAAGCGAAGGACCAGUUCCCCUAGUCACAAGGCGCACUGUUUUUACCAUGGCAAUGUGAAGGGCUUUGAGCAUUCCAGUGUAGUACUGAGCACAUGCGGAGGCCUGCGGGGACUGAUCGUUCUGAACACCAACGUCAGUUACUUGGUGCAGCCGCAUGUCGAUGGUCUCGACCAACAUCUCAUCUACAGGGCUGAGUAUCUAAAGCUGAAGAGUGGGACCUGUGGUCACCAACAGAAUGAGCACAAGGAAAUCUGGGUCAAAGAUUUCACCAGCCAUUUUCAUCCAUCUCAUCACCGGAACAAGAGAGAUGUGGUGAGGGAUAUGAAGUAUGUGGAACUGUAUUUAGUGGCUGAUUAUGCUGAGUUUCAGAAACAUCAGUGGGAUCUCGAGAAAACAAAACUGAAAUUGAAGGAAACUGCCAACUAUGUCGAUAAGUAUUACAGGUCACUCAAUAUCAGGAUUGCACUGGUUCACCUGGAGGUAUGGACUCAUGAGAACAUGUGUGAAGUGAAGGAGAACCCCUACAGCACCCUCUGGUCCUUUCUGAAAUGGAGACGGCAGGCGCUGGUCCAGAAGAAGCAUGAUAAUGCGCAGCUCAUCACGGGGAUCACCUUCAAUGGCACGACCAUUGGCUUGGCAUCGUUGAUGGGCAUGUGUUCAGAUUAUCAGUCGGGUGGUGUGAAUAUGGAUCACUCUGACAGUGCAGUUGGUGUUGCUGCUACAAUGGCCCAUGAGAUGGGGCACAACUUUGGGAUGAGCCAUGAUGCAGAUGGCUGCUGCGCAGCCCGCCCAGAGGAUGGAGGGUGUAUCAUGGCUGCAGCCACGGGUGCUCCAUUUCCCAAAGUUUUUAACAAAUGCAAUGAGAAGGAGCUUCAGAAGUAUCUGCACAAAGGUGGAGGGAUGUGUCUGUUCAACAUGCCUGAUGCAAACACAUUGUAUGGAGGACGAAGAUGCGGGAAUGGCUAUGUGGAGCAAGGCGAGCAGUGUGACUGUGGGGAAGUAGAGGAAUGCACAAACAUUUGUUGUAAUGCCAAUAACUGCACUCUGAAGAUUCAUGCAGAAUGUGCUCAUGGGGUCUGCUGUCAUAACUGCAAGUUGAAGAGCCCUGGCACGGUCUGCAGGAAGUCAUCUGGAGCCUGUGACUUACCCGAGCACUGCUCCGGCAACUCUGAGUUUUGUCCAGCCAACUUUUACCAGAUGGAUGGGGUCAGCUGCGAUGGAGGCCAGGCCUAUUGCUACAAUGGGAUGUGCUUGACUUAUGAAAGCCAGUGUGUGCUGCUCUGGGGACCUGGGGCUCGAGUUGCUCCAGCACAAUGCUUCGAGAAGGUGAAUGAUGCCGGCGACACAUAUGGCAACUGUGGCAAAGAUCGACGGGGAAGUUACCGCAAGUGUGAAGCCAGGAAUGCCAAGUGUGGGAAAAUACAGUGUCAGAGUUAUGCGAAGAAGCCUCUUGAGGCAAAUGCUGUCCCCAUAGACACCACGAUUACUGUGAAUGGGAGGAUGGUGCAUUGCAGGGGCACCCACGUGUACACAACUCCUGAGCUGGAAGGUGACAUGCUGGAUCCAGGACUUGUCAUGACUGGAACAAAAUGUACCGAAAACCAUAUCUGCUUUGAGGGCCAGUGUCAGAGUGCUGCGUUCCUGGCAGCUGAUGAGUGUGCUGCGAAAUGUCACGGCCACGGGGUCUGUAACAACAACCGCAAUUGCCACUGUGAGCCUGGCUGGGCGCCACCCUUCUGUGACAACUCAGGCCAUGGAGGCAGCGUGGAUGGUGGAGUUGGAAGGCCCAACUAUAAUAGCCUGGUUGCAGCAGGAAUCGUGGUGCUAGUAAUCUUGUUGCUGUGUGGCAUUGGAGCCAUUUUGUAUUACUGUUACCGAAGGGGAUGCAACUACUGUCCGAAUGGCAUCAGGAAUCCAAGGCCCGAUGCCAAACAAUUCUGUGGAUUACCUGGCAUGCUGAAGGAUUACGAACGAUAUGUGAGGAAGAAUGUGAGCAGCGCAAUUUCUUUAUCCACUGCUGAUAGUACCGAUCAAAAAAUCAACAAUGGCCAUUCAAACCCAACCUUCCAAAUCAGAAACAAAGAUACAAAGACUGUACAACCACAAAGUCCUGCAGUGCCUCCAAAACCACGAUUACCUCACUCUGUUCAGCGACCUCCGCGCCCGGUCUUACCAGUCCUCCGGUGUACCUCUCCAUCCAGCCAGAACCCGCAGGGCAAUAACAUGCCUAGCCCUCGAAGACCAGGAUUGCACACUUCAAUAACUGUAAAGGAUGUGAAUGUUAAGUUUUCAAAACAAACUCCUCCUAACAAACCUCUGCCAGCAGACCCACCCCCUCGGACUCCAAAGGUUUUACAAAGACAGACAGAGCUGAGCCAUAGUCUUAGUGUCCAGAUGAAUAAGAAACCAUUGUUGCCACCAGGUAGAGGCAGACCACAGGAGAACAGAGUUGCUUCCAAAAUGGGCCCAUACAAAAGGGACCAUCUCUAGCCUGUGCCAAUCAAGCAGUGUCUGGCUUUUACAGAGACCUUCCUGGAACACCUCAAGAAGCACUUGCACUAUCCCUAUCUCUGCUGUUUUGGGAUCUCAUGGUUUCAAUGCCAGUGGAACAAUAAAUGUGACCUCCAGUUCAAAGCAGCUGUAAAUAUAGGGGAGCCGUUCUUGUAACAUGCAUGGCCAAAAUUACAACCCAGAUCUACCUAGCUCAAGUAAUUUUUUUCUGAAUUGAAAUUGUGGGAACAUUCCCAAGGAGUUUGAAAGAUCACUUACAUUUUGUCAUUCAGACUUCCCCUUACGGGCAGAAAGCAUUGCCUUCUCCAUUACCAAGUGACAGUGAGAUGUCUCUGAAUCCUUGACUUGGGGUGGCUAUUCUUCAACAUUGACCUGGAAUCAUGAGGAUCGGAAGUUGGAACUGAUUCCUCGCUGAUUCAACCUUGUGCUACACUCCAACGGUGUCAAUGGGAAGCCUUGGGUGAAUUUCCUACCCCAUUUACGACCAAGGUUAAUCGCAGCAUCAAAUGGUGUUGUUUCAAACAUCUUGUGAACAAAAUCAAUCCUGUACAACCAUCGCCAGUGAUUCAAAACAUAACAUAAAUGUUGGUGGAUUGUAAAUGUUGAGAAAGAGUAGAGAGCAGUGCCCAACAACUAUAAACCAGUCAUCUUAACCUCAGAAGUGGAAACGUUUUUGAACUGUGUCAGAAGUAACUUACAUGUGGGAUAUUAUGAGUUAUUAAAUAGCAGCAAGCAUUUCUUCAACUAAACUUAGGUUUGACUAACUUGCAUUUGUUGAAAGAUUGGCAGAAAGUUGAUGAAGGUAGCGUGUUUGAUGUUGUGUAUGUGGCAAUGUAGAGCGCAUAAGAUAAAUGAUGACAUGUAGAAAUUGGCAAAACAAAAGCCUAUUUGCAGGGAGAGGGGCAGCAAAGACAAAAAAUAACAGUGGAAGAAAGUAGAAAUUAAUUGUGAAUACUAUGUUUCUUUUUCCAAAUGGAAGGAUAGCAAAUGGUAGCAUUCCCUAGUUCCCUAAAACCUAAUUAAUAGGAAUGUUCAGGUGUUGCCAGACUGACAGGUUUUCUGGACAUUUAGAUGUUUUUCCCAUGAAUACUCCAACCAACCUUUAAUUCAAUUUUGUUUAGAUGUUCAUUGUGCAGUAAUAGAGCAAACUUUCAAGUGAAUCAAGUGUUUUAACAGAGUAUGAGAAAUAAUGUGUUUACAAGGGUGCCGGGGUAUUGGGAUCCUGGUGUAUACGAGACCUGGGUGUCGUGGUACACCAGUCAUUAAAAGUAUGCAUGCAGGUGCAGCAGGCAGUGAAGAAGGCGAAUGGUAUGUUAGCAUUCAUAGCAAAAGGAUUUGAGUAUAGGAGCAGGGAGGUUCUACUGCAGUUGUACAGGGUCUUGGUGAGACCACACCUGGACUAUUGCGUACAGUUUUGGUCUCCUAAUCUGAGGAAAGACAUUCUUGCCAUAGAGGGAGUACAGAGAAGGUUCACCAGACUGAUUCCUGGGAUGUCAGGACUUUCAUAUGAAGAAAGACUAGAUAGACACGGUUUGUACUCGCUAAAAUUUAGACGAUUGAGGGGGGAUCUUAUAGAAACUUACAAAAUUCUUAAGGGGUUGGACAGGCUAGAUGCAGGAAGAUUGUUCCCGAUGUUGGGGAAGUCCAGAACAAGGGGUCACAGUUUAAGGAUAAAGGGGAAAUCUUUUAGGACCGAGAUGAGGAAAACUUUUUUCACACAGAGAGUAGUGAAUCUCUGGAAUUCUCUCCCGCAGAAGGUAGUUGAGGCCAGUUCAUUGGCUAUAUUUAAGAGGGAGUUAGAUGUGGCCCUUGUGGCUAAGGGCAUCAGGGGGUAUGGAGAGAAGGCAGGUACAGGAUAUUGAGUUGGAUGAUCAGCCAUGAUCAUAUUGAAUGGCGGUGCAGGCUCGAAGGGCCGAAUGGCCUACUCCUGCACCUAUUUUCUAUGUUUCUAUGUUUCUAUAAGAGGGUGCAGUGGAACUAGGGCCACGGUGUGAUGGAGGGUGCAAUGGAACUAAUGGGAACUAAGAUCUGUAGCUCCAGUGUGUCGGAAGGAGCAGGAGAACUAUGACCCCUAUGUGUGGGAGAGAGAUUGGAAACUGGGACCUCUGUGUUGGAGAGAGAAUGGGAACCAGUGUGUUGGUGGCAGUGGUGGAAUCAGCACUUGGUGAGCCAGAUGCCAAACCGUUGAUAUUUCUAAGCAAUCAGAUAGCAGAUUAUUGGAGAUUUACUGUACAGGAUAUAAUUUCAAAAUCUUAAAUGAUCACAAAUCUUUGUGAUCUUAAAUGACCAAGGCGAAGCUAGACAGACUGGUGGAAUGGCAGAUGAAAUUUAAAGAUCUUGAUGUUUGCAAUGGGAAUACUGAGGGGAAGCAAUGUAAACUAAACGGUACAUUAUUAAUAACGAUCCUGGACAAGAAGAUGUAGAUAUGUAUGAAGGUGUCAGGACAAGCUGAGAAGGAUGCUAAAACACCAUGUGAGAACCUUGACUAUUGCAGUAAAAGUAUUCAGUUCAAAUGCAGGCAUGUUAAUGUUGAAUCUUCAUAGUUACUGGUUAAGGGGCUGUCCCACUGCGGCGACCUAAGCCGCAAGUUCAGAAGAGUUUGCCCUCGACUCAUACUCGCAGCAUGGUCGACACGAGGUCCUAGGUGGUCUUUGUAAGACUCCUUCGUGCUCAAGAGUAGUCCCCGCGUACUCGAGGCCUCAGCAAGGUUGCGGCGUAUUUUUCAACGCCGAAAAAUGCCCGGGAGUAAAAAAAAGUCGCCAUGGAAAAAAACAAUAUUUUUUUUUACUUGCAGGUUUAUUCGAGGUAGGUCGUAGUAGGUUGGUGUGUUAUUCGUAGGUAAUCUAAGGUAGUCGAAGGUAGUCGUAGAUAGUCAUUAACAUAGUCGAAGGGAGGUCGAAGGAG